CGAAUGAUGGACAGAGGGAAUUGCUCCAUUGUGAAUGAAUUUAUUUUCGUGGGAAUUACCAAUAAUCCUAAAAUGAAAGUGACUUUAUUUACUGUGUUUCUAUUUGUCUAUCUCACUAAUCUUUUGGCAAAUCUUGGAAUAAUCAUUUUAAUCCGAGUAGAUCCCCAGCUCCACACACCGAUGUACUUUUUCCUCAGCAACCUCUCUUUCUGUGAUCUUUGCUAUUCUACUGCAGUUGGACCAAAGAUGUUGGUGGACCUGUUCGUCAAGAAAAAAUCAAUUCCUUUUGUGGGCUGUGCUCUGCAGUUCUUGACAUUCUGUACCUUUGCAGAUGCGGAGUGUCUACUGCUGGCAGUGAUGGCCUUCGAUCGGUACCAGGCCAUCAGCAACCCCUUGCUCUACACCGUGAACAUGUCCAGCAGGCUGUGCUCCCUGCUCAUGGCUGGGGUUUAUGUCGUGGCAACAGCUGACGGUUUGAUACAUACAACAUUGGCAUUCCGCUUAUGUUUCUGUGGUUCUAAUGAGAUCAAUCAUUUCUUCUGUGAUUUGCCUCCACUCUACCUUCUAUCCUGCUCUGACAUACAAGUCAAUGAACUGGCCUUAUUUACUGUUUUCGGUUUCAUUGAAUUGAGCACCAUCUCAGGAGUCCUUGUCUCCUAUUGUUACAUCAUCUCUUCAGUCUUGAAGAUGCGCUCUGCUGAGGGGAGGUUCAAAGCUUUCUCCACCUGCACCUCCCACUUGACUGCGGUUGCCAUUUUCCAGGGAACUGUGCUCUUCAUGUAUUUCCGGCCAAGUUCUUCAUACUCUCUAGAUCAAGACAAAAUGAGCUCACUGUUUUACACCCUGGUGAUUCCCAUGUUAAAUCCUCUGAUUUACAGCCUGAGGAACAAGGAUGUGAAUGAGGCUCUGCAAAAGCUAAGGUAUAAAAAGCGGUUUUAA